AUGAUUGUAGGGAUGACGGUUGGGCCGGUUGAGAAAACCUUGGCCGUCGCGUACUUCCUCCCCGUGAUGGUAAUUGGAAUAUCGGGUAAUUCGUGGGUAAUUGUGACGCUGAUCCGGAUCCUCUACAAGACUUGGAGCCCCAUGAACAGCGUUUUCAAACACAUGUCGUUGUAUAUAUUGAGCUUGAGCAUCGCUGAUAUGUGUGUAAGUUGAACUUUGAGGAGGGUUUUUUGGGGUUGUGACUGAAGUUUGAUGUAUUCCUUGAAAAGUUGAGGUCUUUUUGGCCAAUCAAAGUUUCGCUUUUUAAUCUUUGGGGGAUGUUUUUAUUAUGGACUCAGCCGAGACUUUUUGAUCUUUAAGUGGCUGAAGAUUAUUUAUUUGCAAUCCUAUUGAGGAAAAUAUUCCCUCACUAAUCGCCAAAGAUCCUUGAAUAUCUCAACUGCGCUUGAAAAACAUGAUCUUUCAAUAGAUUAAUUUACGGCCUUACCAAACCAGAAAAACACAAUCUGAAAAAAAUUAACUUUUUCACCUUGAACAGAAGUCCUAUAAGAUCCUGUGACAAUCAAGGGCCUUACUGUGUCACGCGUCAAAGAGUGCAACGGCGUCACACUCCUCCGUUUUUUCGUUUUUCAAAUUACUAGUACAAGAAGACUGUCCGGACUUCAAACGUCUGUAACCACGAACAGUGGUGAUGUAUGUACCUUGAAAACUUUCUUAAUCCAUCCGAAUACAUAGGAACAUGCAGGUCUACGGAACUUUGAUUCCUGGAACUAAUUUUUCCCCAAUGGAGAAAGUGCUUAUCUCCAGCGAUUUCAAGACCACAUCAUCCAUCGAUAAUCUGAAUCUUUCGAUGAGCAAUCAUGCAUAUUUUUAAUGGCCUAUUGUAAUUAGAUAAUUGCUUCCGGGAAAGUCAUUUUGUUUUAUCGAUAGGAUCAAGGGCUUAACGGAUGAAAUUGUUAAGCAAAAUAGGAUCUGGUUGUAAACUGAGUGGGACAAAGCGAGAUUAAAGAUUAUCGAUAGAUUGGAGGAUCUAUCGUGGAGGUUUGAAAAUGCAUGGUACAAGCUAUUGCGUUGAACAAGGCUUAAAAAUGACCACAUUACAAAGCUUAAUUUCAAAUGAAAUCUGUCACAAACUUAGAGCAGAAUGUUCUAAGUCAUUUGCAAUAUGCUUACCUAGCGCUUUGAAUCAAAAAAUGAUUUUAAAAAAUCGGCGGAGAGUUUAGGUGAUGACCAAAAAAAUGUUCUUUUUUCUAUGAUUUUCUCUCCUCAUUUUCUAGGGCCUUUUAACUUCUACUCUUUUUACAUUCUUGUUGUAAUCCUAAAGUCAUCAAAUUCCAUUGUCAGUUAUAAAAAUUCAAAAAUUUUGGCGUAGAAUCUUCAAAUUUUACCUUGAUAAAUAAUUUUCCAUUUCCAGGUGCUUUGCAUGACGCCCAGUGUGACCUCCUACUUUAUUCUGGGCAGUUGGGAGUUGGGUUACGUGGGUUGUAAGAUAUUCUUUGCCGUGGAAAACAUCAACAAACUUUUGUCUGUCGCCAUUUUGGCUGUGAUGUCGUUUGAACGAUUUCUGGUGAUAUGUCGACCUUUUCAGUGGUUUUGUUGUCGGUAAGUGGGGAUUAUGUUCGAUUACAUAAACUAGUGCAUAAGCAUGCCCUAAAAGGCAUUAUUUUUAUACCUAAAAAAUAGGUAGUUUUGUCGAUAAAAUUACAAAGACUACUUUUUAACAAAUUUUGAAGACUCAACAAGAGAACAUGAUCACAAAUUAAAACCAGAAGCUCUAGUAUAACAUGGUCUAUAUCUUUUUUUGUUUUGAAAUAACACUUUUGGUAGGAAAAACAAUCUUGUACUAGGUAGUACCAACAAUUUCUUUAAGCCAUCUUAAGCCCUGAAGCUCCCUAAUUGAGCACAAAAUUGACUCAUUUCGACCACUCACGAAGCUUCAGGAAGACCUUCGAAAGUUUUGCAUGACAUUUUAAUUAUAUGUAACUCCGGAAAUUGGAAAUUUCAAAAUGUUGCAAAUGCAUUGAAUAUAUAAAUUAAGUUCUGGGAAUCCUUGUACGAGUAAGCAGUUAAAAAUAAUCUUGAUUAACUUGACGGAACUGUUUACUAAAGUUUCAAACGAGAACAAGUUAAAGCGACAUGGCUUAGAUUACUGUUGAAAAAUGUCAGUUAGACUUUGAUUUGACAGACUGAAGUGAAAUAUUUGAUGCGUGUCACAAGCUGGAAAGCACAAGCUAAAAUUUUAGAAAUUUUUUCAAACAUAAAAAUCGGGGCAGUCUUUUUCCUUGUGUCUGUUUUUUUUGGCUUGUUCAGAGUACGCCUACAAAAUUUGAAGCUAAUCUGUAAGCCACAGUAAAAGACUUCGCUUGUUAGAAAACUCAAAUUACGUCAAGGAAACCUUCAGAUGAUGACCGUGCUUAGCGGACUUCCUGUUGUAUUAAUACAAGCUUUGCGUCAGCAGUAAAAUUGUACAAAAAAUAAAAUAAAAAUUUAUUGCCAGAAUUUUUCCAUGCUUUUCAGUUACAAAAUUUGCAAUUUUUAUAAGCCGUUCGAACGCGUUUCACAAUGCUUUUAUUUGUACAAAAGAAGGAUUACAUAGGACCGUGACUGUUUUGGAAGACGGACCCAUUCAUAUUUUCCGACAGGUUUUGAGUUUUUGUAAUUUGAUCCUGGGAUUAGGCGAUAGACGGACCCCGAGGUUCCGGUUUCAGCGGAUUAUACAGUUUGUACAAUGGGGGAGAUUUGCUGAAGUAACGCUUACAUGUAUGUGUACGUGUUAAGCAUACAUAUGUUUGGCGUUGGAAUGCAGAAAAUAAAUUUUACGUCAUAAAAAUCAAAUAUAAAGAAAAGUCUAAAAAAACAUAAAAAAUUCAAAAAAGUAUCAAAAGGUAUCAAAAAAAUUAAAAAAAAAUUUUACUUGCAAAAUCAUCUUUUUUCAGUCGAAAACGAGUGUCCAACGUCUUCACCGUUGUCAUAAUUCUCCUCGCCGCAAUAGGAGCACUGUGUUCUCCGAUCAUUUACUACGCCAAAACCUCGGUCGUGCAAGAUUAUUACAAUCCCGGAGUGAAUAUUACGACAUGUUCCUCUGACCUGCCCGACGAUGUGAUGAGUGUGUUCAUCAUGUACAUGUUUAUUCUGGGGUUUGUGUUGCCAGUUUUGUUCAUAUCGACUUGUUACUACUUUCUGAUCCGGCAUCUCAGGAAUAAAGAUGGUAAGUAAACGUACGAGGAGGCUCAGGAAAAUUUUGAGGCUGGUAAAAUACGGCUUGAUCAUACGCGGACUGCGCAUUGUAAAGAAUAAAUAAUAAUAGUAAACGUGGGUAAACGGUGAGAAAUAAAAUAAGAUACUGCUAACGGAAGAUAUUUUUGGAAUUGAUGAAAAGUAAAAAUUGGUAUUUUGUCGACCUAAUUUUUGAUUUAUCAUGCUGAAAUUACCAUUGCUCGGGAUAAAGUUUGAUUUUUUUUAAAAUCGCAUUGUAAAAUACGGACAAUGAUGAUCAGUUGGUGCUAAAACCGUUUUUAGAAAUUUUUGAAAUAGUUUUUUCCCGAAGACGGUAAAAAAUUGCAAAUUUGCAUAAGUUAAAAAUAUGGGUAUUUUCAAAACCAUUUUAUUUCCAAAGGUUUUAUUGCUCAAAUAAUCAAAAAUUGAUUUUUAAUAUUUUUUUGUUUUCAGGUAAAAGCAUGUUUGUCACCUCCUACACCACUCGAGUGGUCCGCUCCAUCCUGACCGUGGUCCUCUUCCAUUUCGCUUGUUGGACUCCGUUCUGGGUGUUCGUCGUGGUUCCCAUGCUGUCCUACUUUGGGAUCGUCGAGUUCACCUUCUUGGAAUCGGAUUAUUCUCAAAAAAUUCGAAUGUUUUCCAGUUUUCUGCCCUAUCUCAACUCCGCAGGCAAUUGGAUUUUCUACUCCCGGGCAAUAACUCAUGCCAGUUCGGCGUUGGUAUCGAAACCAUAUCGAAGAGUGGCCGAGCCGCGGCCGGAACGAAGGGGAAUGCUGCUCAAAACCUUCGGAUCAACGUUUACCAACAACACCAAAGUAUGA